ACUAAACAAAUAAGUAAGUGUUUAAUAAGUCAGAUGGAAAAAAAAAAGUAAAUCGGAUGGAGAUAAACUCUCAAAAAAUAUAGAUAGAAGAAAGAAGGGAAUCUCAGAGUCUUGAAGUCAGCAGACCAAGGUCAUGCUGUUAGUUCAGGACUUAAAACCAAGGCUCCAACAUUCAGGUCAACCUUUAGCAUUUAUUCAUCCAUUUACUUUAUUUAUUCUGCAAAUAUUUACUGAACAUCUGCUAUGUGUUAAGUACUUUGUCUCUCCUGGAAACUUCUGAGACCAAAAACAGAAGAGGAGCUUAAGGUAAGACUCCACCUUCCGUCAGGAGAGCUAAUACGUCUCGACCCCGCCCCCUACAGAACCCAGGGAUGACGUAGUACUAAGGCGGGGCGUCUGACAAACUCUCCACUAGCCACGCCCACCACCAAGAACCCAACUAAGCUUGAGACAGCAGAAACCAGCCGGUGAUCCCGACGCCCAGAAGUCUCUUUCACCCCGAACCCCGACCCCCGCUCCUGCGGGCUCGGCCUCCCAUAAAGGGUCGUGCUGACGACCGAAUUGUGGCUAGGGUGUCUGGAGACCUGCCCCUGGUUCGCCUCGCUUUCCCCUCACCUCUGGAUUUGGUGAGCCUGGGAGCGGGGGGGGGGGGGGGCAGAUAUUUGCAGCCUGACCCUCGAAUCUUCCAGGGGAACCAGGACCGACCUUCUCAGUUGCCCCGGAGAAACUUCCGCCCAGGCAGAAGGUGCUGCGCGCGCAUCCUCUCGCCAGAGGGAGGACUGCGCCCGCGCAGUCCAACCUGGCCUCCGGACUGCCCGCGGGCUAUGACUACCUGGUUACUUCAUUUCCCAGGCACCUUCGCGGCAGGUCAGCCCUCUGACUCAAAAGUGGGGGAGGGAUUAUUCCCUCAUCGCCCAACCCCGUCUCACCUUCCGUGGAAUGCGUCGUGAUUCUACAACGCAUGUGCCCUGUGGAGCCAAUCGUAAGGAGGGAUGGAAUACGAGGCAUAUCUCCACCAAUCAGAGGUCAAAGUCUCAUUUCUUCCGCCUCAACCCCACCCUUACCUUCUCGCGUGUUCCCUCAGGAAUUCAGGUUCUUCCUCAACGUGUUUCCACGGCAACCCUCUAGUUGUCGCCUUCAGAAAUGGAAAAACCUCCCGGUCUUCUCCAAAAGCGUGCUCAGCGGGCCCUCCAACGACGAAGACGCUAGGGCAGAUGAGAAGAUAAGAGAAGUUCGCACAGCCCUCUGGGAAACGGAGUCUUGGCGUUGGCUCGCGGAGGCUCCCGGCUGGAGUAGUUCUGAUAUUCUCUCCGCAACGGAAGUGGCUGCAAGAAGGCGCGUGUGCCAACUCUGCGGACCAGUCUCGAGGGCUCAUCCAGCAUGGCCAGAGAGUCAGCCCUAGGAGGAAGGGGCCCUUUCUCCCAGCUCCUGCGUUCUUUCCGCAGCCCUGCCAACCAGGAUUGCGAUGGGGAAGGAGGAGGAGCUUAAAUGAGGACUCUGGCUGCAAGGCCUCAGUCAGCUAUGACUGAGGAGUUUGUGACCCUCCAGGACGUAGCCAUGGACUUCACCUUGGAGGACUGGGAGCAGCUGAGGCUGGACCAGAGCAACCUGUUCUGGGACACAGCGCUGGACAACUACCAGAGCCUCUUCCUGCUCAACCCCCCCAGACCCAACGUGACUUCCCGUCCAGAUGGUGGGAAAGAGCUGGAGGCCCUGGCAAAAGGGAGCCCAGAGUCAACAGCCCCUGACACAGCUGAGACCAAGACCUCUCCUCUGCCCCAGGACCUCUUGGCAGAAGGACUCUCCCAGGAGAUUUUAGAGACAUUUUCCAAGGAUGGCCUCUGGAACUCCCAUUUGGGAGAAGCCUGCAUAGGCCAGAGCUGGUUAGAUAGUUUGCUGGGAGAUCCAGAAAGUCUUCUGAGUUCUGAUAUUGUUACCAGCAAGGAAAGCCCCAAACUUGGUCCCAAGUCCCUCCUUUUUCUAGGGGCGGAUUCUGUGACUUGUGAUCUUCCUGAAAAGAGCCUAACACCAGCAAACUCUCAGGAAUGUGGGAAUGACUUUGGCUGCUUCUCAGAACAGAGCCAACAGGAUACCAUCCAGGGAGGGGAGAAACCAUAUAAAUGUAGUGAGUGUGGGAAGAGCUUCAGCCGGAGUUACCAUCUGAUCCAGCACUGGGUUAUUCACACUAGGGAGGAACCCACUGUGCACCAAGAGUAUGAGAAUGAUUUCAGCCAGAGCACUUGUCUUUUUGUGCAACCAGUGACUCACACAGACUACAAAUCCUGUGUUGUGUGUAACAAGUGCGGGGAAACUUUCAGUCAGAAUACACAACUCCUGUGGCAUCAGAAAAUUCACACCAAAGAAAAACCAUGUAAGAGUCAAGACAGUGACCAUCCAUCAGGUCACAACUCACAGCCUGUUGAGCAUCAGAAAACCCACCCAGGUGGCAAAUCCUACAAAUGUAAAGAAUGUGGCAAGGGUUUCAGUCAAACAUUUCACUUCACCCGGCAUCAGAAGACCCACACUCGGAAACGCUAUGAAUGUGCCAAAUGCAAGGCGACCUUCAACUUUAAUAAAUAUCUCCUCCAACAUCAGAAAAUCCAUGCUCCAAAAAGGAUAUUUGAAUGUCAGGAGUGCGGGAAGGCCUUCAGGCAAAACUCCUUGCUCCUCAAACACCAGUCUGUUCACACCAGAGAAAAGCCUUAUAAGUGUGACGAGUGUGGGAAACCCUUCAGCCAUAUCCUGACCCUAAAGAUCCACCAGAGUGUUCACAGUGGAGAGAAGCCUUAUAAAUGCAAUGACUGUGGGAAAGCCUUUUACCGAAACACUCACCUUAAUGAACACCGGAGGAUUCACACAGGCUACAAGCCCCACAAAUGUCACAAAUGUGUCAAGAGUUUCAGCCGGCUCUCCCACCUGAUUCGACACCUGUCCAUUCAUACCACAGAAAAACCCUACACCUGUGCCGACUGCAAGGAGACCUUCAGCCAUAAUGAAUACCUUAUCCAGCACCAGAAAAUCCACAUGGUGGAAGCCCCCUAUGAAUGUCAGGAGUGUGGUGAGCGCUUCAUUUGCCACUCAACCCUAACUUGCCACCAGAGUGUACACAUCAGAGAAAAACAAGGACUUGAUAAAAGUAGGAAGAUCUUGGAUGAGAACCCAGAGCAGACAGAGCAUCCAAAGGUCAGCAAGAAGUGCUUUAAGUGUGACGAGUGUGAGAAAACCUUCAGCUGCAGCAAAUACCUGACUCAGCACAAGAGGAUUCACACCAGGGUGAAGCCCUUUGAGUGUGACCAGUGUGGGAAAGCCUUUGGCCAAAGUAACCAGCUCAUUCACCACCAGAGGAUCCACACUGGGGUGAAGCCAUAUGAGUGUGGGGACUGCAGGAAGGCCUUCAUUCACAGCACCUCCCUCACCAAACAUCAGUCCACCCACAAGAGUGAGCAACUCUUUAAAUUUAACGAAUGUAGUAAGACCUUACACCAAAGUGCAUACCUCUUAGAACAUCAGUUAACCCACCCUGCAGAGAAGCCCUUUAAACAUUACAUGUGUGAUGAAGUCUCUGCCCACAGUAACUACCUUAUUCAGCAUCAGGGAACUCAGGCUGGAAAGGAGUCCUUUGAGCAUCACGAAUGUGGGGAAAUGGUCCAGCAGAGCUCGUGCCUUUCCCAGCAUCAGAGAGUUCGCACAAUUGAGAAACCCUACAAAUGUGGUGAUUGUGGGAAAACCUUCAGCCUGGGUGCUCAGCUUGUCCAACACCAGAGAGUGCACACAGGAGAAAAGCCUUACAUUUGUCAGGAAUGCGGGAAAGCCUUCAGCCAGAGCUCAUGCCUUUCUAAGCAUCAGAGAGUUCACACAGGUGAGAAGCCCUAUGAAUGUGGCUACUGUGGGAAAACCUUCAGCCGGGGUGCACCACUCGUCCGACACCAAAGAAUUCAUACCGGAGAAAAGCCUUACGUUUGUCAGGAAUGUGGGAAAGCCUUCCGCCAGAGCUCAUGCCUCUCUAAACAUCAGAGGAUCCACACUGGGGAGAAGCCCUAUGUGUGUACCGAAUGUGGGAAAGCUUUUGCCCAGAAAGCAAAUCUGACACAACAUGAGAGAACUCACACGGGGGAGAAGCCUUAUGUUUGUGAUGUGUGUGGGAAAGCCUUUGGCCUUAGCAGUCAUCUCAGUCAGCACCAGAGAAUUCACAUGCAGGAGAAAGCCUAACAUUGUCCACACUGUCAGAAAGCCUUUUGCUGCUGCUCAUGCCUCAACCAACAUCAGUGAGUUCACACACUCAAAAGUAGCAAGUAGCAAGCCUCCCAUGGCUUCUGGGUGGCAGCAGCAUCCCAGAUAACUGAGAAUGUUACUCUGAAGCCUUAAGUUGAAACCAUCCCAGUGUAAGCAUACCCCUCCAUAAGUAGUCAAAAUCUUUAUUAAUAAAGAUUGGAACAUUUGAUGACUUUGAUUAAAACAAGGAAAACACAAACAUUGAGAAGCUGUGGAGCAUCAGAAUUCAAAGGUAGACUGGAGCCAGUCUGCUGAGUUAAAUCCCGGCUCUGUUAUUUGCCCCUUCAGUGACCUGGGAGAGUCAUGGACCCUGUCAGGGUCUCAGUGUCCUCAUCUGUAAGAUGGGCACCUUAACAGUUACCUACCUCAAAAGGCUGUUGUGAGGAUAAGGAGAUGCAAAGCACUUAGAACUAUAUGCCCAGCACAUACUAAGUACUUGCCAUGUGUGAGCUACUAAUAUACAUCAGAUAUAACAAAUACACUCUUUUACAUUAAAAUGAAGAGACAAUUAAGCAUCCCCCUCUAUAUAAUUGCAGUUAAUGUUAUUACUAGUAUUAUGUGUGGCUUUAACUUUUAAAGGUUCCCUUCCAAAUAACCUUGGUUCCUUUUGUGUCCUAUCCACUAUGUGACCCAGUCACAUGUUUGUUGAGGUAAAACUGUACAAAGAGAUUAGACUCUGACACUUAAUAUCUUUCAUAUUUUUGGUGCUAAAGUUUAGGUGUAUGUGUUUUGUGCUCUUGGGAUCUUCAAACGUUGCACCUGGAGUUGUGCGUUUUGGUUCUGUUGUUGAAGUGGGAACUUAGUGGCUGACCAUUCACACCACAGUGAGGAAUGUAUUGACUUUCAAGUGGCUUCCUGCCCUUAGGAUCUCCAUCUAGGCAACAGCACUGAUAUAUAUUGAGGGGGUGGGAACUCAAAUUGAUAAGUGUGUCCAAGAGUUUUGACACCAUAGAGGUCAGAGGCCCUGUGGAAGGUUGGCAGCCACUGUGUGUGUGUGUGUGUGUGUGUGUGUGUGUGUACGUGUGCACGCACAAUCUGUGUAACUAAUGACCUUGUCAUUUUGUAUUUUUUUAAAACUAAUGACCUUGUUCUGUGGACCAGUGUAGAAAUGCCUUUCAUGUCUGUGCAUUGGUUCUCUGAUUAAAGUGCAUUUGAGUCUUU